GGAAGGAGGAGCGACUCGCUGGGCAUGCGCCUGACGUGGCGAGCUAUUGUAUAGGCUUGAACGCUGCAGGAGAAGCGCGGGGCUGAAGUAAAAGUUUAUCAGCGGGGAGCUGGCAUCUUAGCUUAAGGUGUUCUAUCAUCGUUAAUAUGUCUGAAAUCAAGCAAAGGAGAAAAACCAUUUCAGUCAAACCAAAUGAAGAUCAACAAAAACUGGACAAACAGUCGGAUUUGGAGAGUACCCAUAGUCCAAGAUCUUUUUGGGCGGAUGCACUAACAGCUGCAAGCUGUCUGUCUCUUACAGCCUGUGUCAGCUUAACAUGGUUUCUUUUUCAGCAGUCAGCUCAGCUUGCUGCUGUAGAGGAAAAGUACCAUUUAUUGACACAAGAAGCUAUGAUGUUUCAGGAUAUGGAAAAUAAAAUUGAACUAAUGUCCACAAAGUGUGAGAAGACAGUCAGCUUAGUAGAACAACUAGAAGACAUUCAACUGAUUUCUCAAAUGAAACAUCUGCAAGAGGAGAUGGACAUUAUGCAGACAUGGUCUAAAAACUUAACUUGGGCACAAGAUCUCCAGCAAAACUUAACAUCUCUGUUUCAUGCAGUGAUUACAUAUGAGAAGACUAUGGCGUUUGUAAUGAAGAACUUUUCUGUAAAGAUUGCAGCUGUGAAGACCGAUAUCAGACGCAUUUCAGGUCUGGAAGCAGAUGUGAACUUAUUAGUAGAAAGUCUGCAUGCUAUUGAAGAUAAAAUAGAUAAAGCUGAAAAAACUACUGUACAGAGUAUAGGGAAUCUUCUUACAGCUAGCAUAGACAGGACCAGAAAGCUACAAAGUUCUGCAUCUGAAAAUGAAAGACAAUUAACACUCAUUAAAACAAAAUUGUCUGAACUAACUGCUGAUAUCGAUAGGCAAUCAAAUAAGCUUUUAGAUUUGGAAAGUGAUAGAGCCAAAGUUUUGAAAACAGUAGUUUUUGCUAAUGACCUGAAACCUAAAGUGUAUAAUUUAAGGAAGGAUUUUGCACAUUUAGCGCCAAUGAUAGAUGAGCUAACAUUAAGAAUAGGAAGAUUGGUUGGGGAUCUGCUGGAAAGACAGAAAGAAAUUGCUUACCUAUAUAAGGAACUUUCUAAUUUAACUUCAGUUCAGAAGGAAGUUAAUAGUAUAAAUGAAGAAAUAACUCAAGUUUCCAAUUUAAGUUAGCUGUCUAAUAUGCGAAAUCUCAACUAUGGUAGCACAAAGCUUGAUGAGCUAGUAGAAGAGCUUCAAAGGAAAAAAGGUGUAUGUACAGUAAAAAAAAGUAGACCUGGGUCAGACAGAACUUACAGAAAUCAGUAGCUAAUUUAUUUGAUGAAGAAUGCAAAGGGUUUUUUGGUAAGAUUUUGCCUUGUAGAGUUAGGAAAGAAAACAUAGAAAGCACUUGAACAUCACAUUUCAAUAGAAUCUUAAAAAUGGUAUGGAAGAAAGACUAAAAAUUGUGACAUACAGAUCAGCAGAAUAUAUCUGGAUGUUUUUUGGGGGGAUAGCCUGAAAAAGGAUUCCUUCUUAUGCAGAUUUACAGUGAGUCCGUAUGUUAAUAAAACCAAAGAAAUAAACCAA